UUCAAGUUUUGCUCUCCACACAUGGAAACUCAGCUAUGCAGAGAUAAUAAAAAGACUCCAAGCCCCAGCACACUGUCGCUGCUCUUUUUUUUUUUCCUUCAACGAGCAGGGGGGAGUAGUCACAGCUGGAAGGAUAAUAAGAUGCGCAUGAAUUUACAAUCUGGAAUAAAAGAUAACAGAACAUAAAUGGACCGCAGGGUAAGUCUGUAUGUGAAAGUGAAGUUGUAAGUUCGAUGAGGGAAACGACGGGACGUCUUUGUGCAACGAAGUGCGGAAUAAUACACUUCAGACUCCGCUUUCCUCAGUUGAUGGAGUUGCAAAGUUUCUCCAGUCUGCUCACAAUGGAAAGAAAAGCGCCCUUCGCUGACUGUAAAGGCUUCCUGUGGUCGGAGUGGAUUACUGACCUCAGAAAGGAGAAGAAGCACCAAUCCGGGAUAUGAAGUUUGUUGCAGUGAAGUCUGCGGAUUGUUUGGAGACUUUCGAUCCAUCACCUGCCAGUCUUGAGAGUCAGCGUUUGUUUUGUCAGCUGGAUUGGCUACUAUCCUCCUAAUUUAUGAAAGCAAUGUUAAUUUGAUCAAAAAUAAACUGCUGACUCACUACGCCUGACGAGGACCAAAGAUCGCCCUUCGGAGCGUUUAUCUACAGAGAUCUCAAUCUGAUUUUCUCCCCACCAGCCUUCACUAAAAAAAAAACCUCCACAUUCAGCAUUUCACGUUGCCAUUGGAAGAAACCCAAUGUCUGCCUACUCUCCCCCAUCUUUACCUCGAGCCUUCCUUCACUCUCUCCAUCCGCACCACCCAUCCUCGACGAGCCCGCCUGGACCGCUUUACACACGGCUGUCCAACGGCAGUCACAGCGUCCCCAGCCCCACAAACUCCCGCAGCUCGUUCCAUGGGGUGUCCUUCCUGCUGCAGAUAGGACUGACCAGAGAGACUGUGAACCUGGAGCCCAGUGACUUGUCGCUGUCCUCUGUCAAAGACCUGGUGUGCUCCAUCGUGGAUCAGAAGUUCCCAGAGUGCGGCUUUUUCGGCAUGUACGACAAAAUCCUGCUGUUCCGCCACGACUUAAAUGACGAGAACAUCCUGCAGAGGCUGACGUCAGCAGAAGACAUCCAUGAAGGAGACCUUAUUGAGGUGGUGCUCUCUGCUCAAGCCACCGUUGAAGACUUCCAGAUCCGACCCCAUGCCCUUUAUGUCCACUCGUACAAGGCCCCCACCUUCUGUGACUACUGUGGGGAGAUGCUGUGGGGUCUCGUCCGGCAAGGGCUCAAAUGUGAAGGAUGUGGGUUAAACUACCACAAGCGCUGUGCCUUUAAGAUCCCAAAUAACUGUACCGGUGUGAGGAAGAGGCGACUGUCCAAUGUCUCCCUGCCCGGACCCUCCCUCUCUGUCCCUCGACCGGCACCUGCAGAAAAUGCUGUGGUGGUCCUGGAUGAGCAGAGGUCUCACCAGGAGGCAGGGAAGAGGAUCCUGUCCUGGAGCGGUAGGCCCAUCUGGAUGGAGAAGAUGGUGCUGGGGCGGGUCAAGGUGCCACACACCUUCGCCAUUCACACCUACACUCGUCCAACGAUCUGCCAGUACUGCAAGCGUCUGCUCAAAGGGCUCUUUCGCCAAGGCAUGCAGUGUAAAGAUUGCAGAUUCAACUGCCAUAAGCGAUGUGCGUCGAAGGUACCUAGAGACUGUUUGGGCGAGGUGGACUUUAAUGGAGAGCCAGCCAGCCCUGGCCCUGACUCUGACACUACCAUGGAUACCAUGGAGGUGGACAGUAAUGAUAUGGAUGGAGGCAGAGGGCUGGACGAUUCAGAAGAAUCCUCGACCCCUGACGAGAGGAUGUUCGACAUGGAUUCCCCUUUGUUGGACAGAGAGAAAGAUGAAGAGCCCAUCAAGACUAUCAGUCCUUCCACUAGCAGCAACAUCCCUCUGAUGCGGGUGGUCCAGUCCAUCAAACACACCAAGAGGCGGAGCUCCACUGUGGUGAAGGAGGGCUGGAUGGUUCAUUAUACGAGCAGGGACAACCUGCGGAAAAGACAUUACUGGAGACUGGACAGCAAGAGUCUGAGUCUGUUCCAGAACGACACCGGGGCAAAGUUCUAUAAAGAAAUCCCUCUCGAGAUCCUCCAGGUGGAACAGUCCAGAGACUACAGCAAUCUCGCCCAGGGCAGCAACCCACACUGCUUUGAGAUCAUCACUGCCACCAUGGUGUACUAUGUAGGAGAGAACAACUGCAGUCACUACCACAGCCCGGCUCUGGCUGCCUCAGGAGUGGGCAUGGAGGUGGCUCAGGGCUGGGAGAAGGCCAUCAGACAGGCCCUGAUGCCCGUCACCCCUCAGCCCAGCGUGGCCAGUGCUGCUGGACAGGGCAAAGAUCAUACAGAGCUGUCCAUCAGCAUAUCUGUGUCCAACAGCCAGAUACAGGAGAACGUGGAUAUUGCCUCAGUUUACCAAAUAUUCUCUGAUGAGGUUCUGGGAUCGGGCCAGUUUGGCAUCGUGUAUGGAGGGAAACACAGAAAAAGUGGCAGAGAUGUGGCCAUCAAGGUUAUUGAUAAGAUGAGAUUUCCUACAAAGCAGGAGAGCCAGCUAAGGAACGAAGUAGCUAUUUUACAGAAUCUGCAUCACCCAGGUAUCGUUAACUUGGAGUGUAUGUUCGAGACGCCGGAGCGGGUGUUUGUUGUCAUGGAGAAGCUGCACGGCGACAUGCUGGAGAUGAUUCUGUCCAGCGAGAAGAGCAAACUACCCGAACGGAUCACCAAGUUCUUAGUCACACAGAUCCUGGUGGCCUUGAGACAUCUGCACUUCAAAAACAUUGUUCACUGUGACUUAAAGCCUGAGAAUGUUCUACUGGCUUCUGCAGAACCGUUUCCUCAGGUAAAGCUGUGUGACUUUGGCUGCCGCAUCAUCGGCGAGAAGUCAUUCCGUCGGUCUGUAGUGGGCACCCCGGCUUACUUGGCUCCAGAAGUGCUGCGAAGUAAAGGCUACAACCGCUCCUUAGACAUGUGGUCAGUGGGAGUCAUCGUGUACGUAAGCCUGAGUGGGACAUUUCCUUUCAAUGAGGACGAGGACAUUAACGACCAAAUCCAGAACGCUGCCUUCAUGUACCCCCCUACGCCCUGGAAGGACAUCUCUGCAGAGGCCACAGAUCUGAUCAACAACCUUCUCCAAGUCAAGAUGAGGAAAAGGUACAGCGUGGACAAGUGUCUCAGCCAUCCGUGGUUACAGGACUAUCAGACAUGGUUGGACCUCAGGGAGUUUGAGACACGGCGAGGCGAGCGCUACAUCACACAUGAAAGCGACGACGCGCGCUGGGAGGAGUUCGCAGACGAGCACAGUCUCCUUUACCCCAAACACUUCAUCAUGGCUCCCAACCUGGACGACAUGGAAGAGGACCCCUAGUGGCACAGGGUUCUAACAACACCACAUGUAUUUAAGACGUGAACUGUCACUGAAGCUUUCGAGAGCUGAGGAUGUUCCAUCCCGGACUGUUUGUUUUAGAAACAGAGAGGGAAGCCGAUCAGGUCAAUGACUCUCUGAAGGCUUUAAAAGGAGAGAAACCAGACAGAGAUUGUAGCAUGAUCCACUGCUACAAGCAGCACGCAGGUGGAGAUAGAUUGAGAAACUGUCAGUGGAGAAGAGUGUUCAUCAUCUUCUUUUUUUGCACAAUAUCAAAACAUUCCAUGGAUUUGCUUAAGUUUGGUUCAUUUUUAAGAACAAUCCCAAACCAAAAUAUGCAAAGCAAACUUAAUAGAUCAGAUAUGGUGUGCACAAAUGUGGUUAUGAUAUGACUCUUUUCUUUAAUUUAGAGAGAGGGGUCAGAGAGAGAGAGAGCUUAGUGAAGGAGUAAAGGGCACUUUUCACAAGGGAUAUUCAGCCUGAGAAGUUCAACAAUGAGUUUGAAUCUCAUUUCUGAAACAUUUGUGAGACUGUCCUUUGACAUGAAACUGGAACUAUCACACACACACACACACACACACACACACACAUUUGUAUUGUAUUGUAUUUUUGUGAAUGUGGUAGAUCUUUGCACUAUAUUACCAUUAAACAACAGCAAUUGAAUUGAGACACUAUUGGCUGCUACAGAGAGAGAACACUUUUAGUGUCAAGUGAAGGGGCAAAAUUUCAACCAGUGAUAUUCAGCAGAGAGAGUGAAUUUCAUGCAAUGUUACGCAGUGUUAACAAAACCCCAAACAUUAUUUCUAAUCAACAUGUGUCUUGGGUAUCAUGCUAGUAGUGCGCAAUUUGUGUACAUUUCCCGUUCAACAAAGUGACCUACAGACUUUUACUGAUUUUGUUCACCCACACUUUUUGUUUUUGAAAUGUUUUUACUUUUUUUUCUGAAUGAACAUGCUGGACACGCUGCGAGACCAAAUCUCUCAUCCUUCAGUACAAGCAAUAAUGGAGCCAAUUUUUCCUCUGUUCAUCGUGAAGCUGAACAAGCAAGGACUCAAUGUUGGAGCAUUAUGUUUCUUUGUAUCUUUCUCAUGUUUUUCUUGAAGUAAUGUGAUUUUUUCCAGUUCUGGAAUAAUGUUGCUCUUCACUUCUCUGAAGUGCUACAACACCCACAGAGACUGAACUUUGGAUACAUUGAACAAAUCAUUUUUUAUGUCUUGAUUAUUGUGUUGUCUGGACUUUUUCAACAACCCGAUUGUCGAGACAGUAGACAAAGAAAAAACUCAGUAUGAAGACGUUUUGGUUACCUGGGAGUUUAAAGUACUACAGAUUUGUAGUUUUUCUAUUGGUGUGUUUUGGGAGUACGUUCUGUUCCCUGUUGUCCUUCCUCUGUCUUUGUUGCCGCUGGAUUGGCAGGUGUCAGUGUUUUGUAUAUUUCAGUACAUGCCAAUGGAAUUAAAAGUCAACUUCUUAAAUAAAAACAAAAGUUUUCUCCUUCA